GCAACUUCCGCUUCUUUGCAGCGGAAGACCAUACCAACAGUAUAAACAAAUACUAAUCAUAGUUUUGUUUUAAGUCUUGUAUGAAUACCUUUCUAACAUACUUGUUAUAGGAGCUAGCAGAACAUAUAAAUGCAGUAUGAAUCGUACGAAAAAUAGCGUACUGGAUUAAAACGUGCAAUUUUCUCCAGCUCGCUAGGUGGUGGUGAUGCACCAACACUGAGGAAAUCAGAAUAAAUAGUCACACAACCGAGUAAGAUUCUCUCUCAUCAGCACCACCUCUCAGCAUCCAUUCCCAGCUAAACGGAUUCUCCGGAAUAUUUGUUUUUACCUUGUCGACGACACACACACAGCCCAAACAGCGAUGGAUACCUCCGGGAAAGAGAAGGAGGCGAUGCAGCUGAUGGCUGAAGCCGACAAGAAGGUCAAAUCCUCUGGCUCAUUCCUGGGGGGAAUGUUCGGGGGGAGUCACCACAAAGUAGAAGAUGCAUGUGAGAUGUACGCCAGAGCAGCCAACAUGUUCAAGAUGGCCAAGAACUGGACUGCUGCUGGUAAUGCGUUCUGCCAGGGGGCCCGGCUCCACAUGCAGCUGCAGAACAAACUGGACUCAGCCACUAGCUUCGUCGAUGCAGGGAACGCUUACAAGAAGGCUGAUCCUCAGGAGGCUAUCAACUGUCUAAAUGCAGCCAUCGAUAUUUACACUGACAUGGGUAGGUUUACUAUUGCUGCCAAACAUCACAUCACCAUCGCAGAGGUGUAUGAGUCUGAGCUGGUGGACAUAGAGAAGGCGAUCGCCCACUAUGAGCAGGCAGCCGAUUAUUAUAAAGGGGAGGAGUCCAACAGUUCUGCUAACAAGUGUCUGCUGAAGGUGGGCCACUACAGUGCUCAGCUGGAGCAGUAUCCGAAAGCCAUUGAGAUCUACGAGCAGGUGGCCACCAAUACCAUGGACAACCCCCUGCUGAAGUAUAAUGCCAAAGAGUACUUCUUUAAAGCCUCCCUCUGUCACUUCAUAGUGGAUGAACUCAACGCAAAGCUGGCCAUAGAGAAGUAUGAGGAGAUGUUUCCUGCUUUCGCAGACUCCAGAGAGUGCAAGCUGCUGAAGAAGUUGCUGGAUGCCCAUGAGGAGCAGAACUGUGAGGCGUUUACUGAAGCUGUUAAAGAGUUUGACUCCAUCUCUCGUCUGGACCAAUGGCUCACCACCAUGCUGCUCCGUAUCAAGAAGACCAUCCAGGGAGAUGCUGGAGAUCUCAAAUAAAGAGAGAUAGAGGGGUGGGUUGGGGGAGGAUACAAGAGGGAGGGAUAGAGAAAAAGAUGGCUAGGUAGAGAGAUGAUGGAGAGAGGAUGGACAGAGAGAGAAGGAGAGGGAGAAAGGGAUGGAGGGAGAGAUAUAGGGUUAGGGCAGUGGUGUGAAGGGAGACAGGUCUCUAUGCGUUUGAUGUGUUCAGUGUAAAUAAGUCCAUGGCUCCUGUAGUCUAUCGUGUCUUACCAUACCUUUCCUCACACUCCUGUCAAAAACGUUAGCUGUUUCAACUUAAAAUAGGAGUUACCCAGCUGAUGUAAAGUGACAUCAACUUAUCAAGUUGAGUUGACAAAACCAGGGAACAAAUGAUUAGAUACAUUAUAGUAUACAAGUUCAUACAACUUUAUAUUUUAGGUCAGUGGGGUACACUUACACUCAUGUAUUUAAGUUGAAAGCCUUCUACAGUGCAUGUCACACUUAACCUUCCUAACCUCUCCACUGAAUGUCUUCCCUUGUUUGGGCCCUGUAUAUUCAUGUUUUAAAGUGUAGGGCUGUACAGAUAGUGUGUGAAAAGGUGGAGUGUGUGUGUGUGUGUGUGUGUGUGUGUGUGUGUGUGUGUGUGUGUGUGUGUGUGUGUGUGUGUGUGUGUGUGUGUGUGUGUGUGCCAGUGCUGGUUGCUGUUGUUUUUGUUGUUUUAUGUGUGUGUGUGUGUGUGUGUGUGUGUGUGUGUGUGUGUGUGUGUGAGAGAGAGAGAAACAACCAAAGGGACACCCCGUUCUAUUCAUUCUAUUUCUAUGGUCCCCUUAGAUAUGUUUUCCACCCCUAGACACUUCCCCUAACCCGAUACACACUUAUGAUCUGAAAGAAUUGGAUAGGUAUAAGCACACACAUAUCCAAUCCUCUCAGAUCUACACAUGUGUUAAGGGUCAGAGGUUACAGGGUUAAGGCCAGAGAUUAUGGGAAGUGUCUGUAAUGUAGUGUGUGUUGCUGUGGUGUGUGUAUUCCUCUCAGCAUGUUGCCAUGGUAAUGAUGUGUGUGUUCAGUGUUGUGUGCAGUCAAACUACAGGUUAUCACACAUAUCUCUAUGUUCAUGAAUUACCACACGUUUGUGCAAAAAAAAUACUAAAAAUAAAACUUCCAACAAACUUG